AGUUGAUGGUGAACCCCAAAGUUUUCCCUCAGGUGAAGCUGGGCGACAUUGUGGAGAUUGCACAUAUUAAUGAUGAGUACAGCCCGCUGCUUCUUCAGGUGAAAUCUUUGAAAGAAGACUUGCAGAAAGAAACUAUUAGUGUGGACCAGACUGUGGCCCAGGUGUUUAAACUUCGGGCUUACCAGGAUGUCUAUGUCAAUAUUGUGGAUCCCAAGGAUGUGGCGCUUGACCUGGUGGAGCUUACCUUCAAGGACCAGUACAUUGGACGCAGUGACAUGUGGCGGUUAAAGAAAAACCUGGUUAACACCUGUGCCUAUGUCACUCAGAAGGUGGAAUUUGCUGGAAUAAGGGCAGUGAAGAGUCAACGCUUUGCAGUGGGGCUGGAGUCACAUGUAGGCCAGACCAGGUAAGGAUGGCUGUUUCCU